CUGGAAGGUUAGGCCGAUCAAUCGUGUUGGAUUCAGGGUCUUCCUAAAGUGUUAAUGCAAAUGAAUUCUCAAGUCAAUUUUUCGAGCAUAUCUGCCAAUCUCAACUCCAUCCCUGUCCUAAAUGGUACUAACUUUAAGGAAUGGAAAGAAAAUAUUCUAAUAACUUUGGGCUGCAUGGAUCUUGACUUAGCAUUAAGGGUAGAGCAACCUGCUUCUCUUACGGAUGCUAGUACCCAAGAUGAAAAAAGGUACUAUGAGAAGUGGGAUCGCUCGAAUCGCUUAAGUCUUAUGAUCAUAAAGCGUGGCAUUCCAGAAUCUUUUAGGGGUGCUGUAUCCGAAGAGGUUACUAAUGCCAAGGAUUUCCUAACUGAAAUUGAGAAACGUUUUGUUAAAAGCGAUAAGGCGGAAAUAAGCAUGUUGUUAAAAGACUUUACUUCCAAAAGGUAUUCAGGAAAAGGAAAUAUAAGGGAGUAUAUUAUGGAAAUGUCUUAUAUUGUUUCUAGGCUCAAGACACUUAAGAUUGAGAUAUCGGAAGAUGUUCUCGUACACAUAGUCUUGAACUCUCUUCCUAUUGCAUUUGAUCCUUUUAAGGUUAGUUAUAACUGCCAAAAGGAGAAGUGGUCUCUUAACGAGCUCAUUUCAUAUUACGUGCAAGAGGAAGAGAGGAUGAAACAAAAUAAGAUAGAAAGUGCUCACUUGGCUAGUACCUCUAAGGAUAAGGGUAAAAAGAGGACGAGAACUCCCAUUAAGAAUGAAGCUGCUCAAGGUCCACUACAGAAGAAACAUAAGGAAGGUGAAACAACCUGUUUCUUCUGUAAGAAGUCUGGACACAUGAAGAAGGAUUGUACCAAGUAUCAUGCUUGGAAAGUGAAGAAAGGGUUGUCUGAGCCACCGCAAGCCAAAUGAUGCUGAAAGAUGCGUCUAUGUGGGAGAUGGCAAAGCGGUGCAUGUGGAGGCUAUUGGGCAUUUUAGAUUGUUAUUAUCUACCGGUUUCUAUUUGGAUUUAAAAGACACUUUUAUUGUUCCGUCAUUUAGGCGGAAUUUGGUUUCUGUUUCUUAUUUGGACAAAUUAGGUUAUCAUUGUUCCUUUGGAAACUUCCGGUUUAAUUUGUCUUUAAAUUCAAAUAUUGUGGGGACUGGUUCUUUUAUGUCAUAUGACAAUCUUUACAUGCUUGAAACAAUAACUUCAUAUAAUAAUGUUUUGAAUGUUGACACCCGAGGCACUAAGCGAAAGGCUGAUAAUGCACAAUCUGGUUUUUUAUGGCACAAACGAUUAGGUCACAUCUCUAAAAAUAGAGUUGAACGUCUUGUGUCCGAUGGAACACUUAAUUCCAUUGAUUUUUCUGAUUUCAAUACUUGUAUUGAGUGCAUUAAAGGGAAACAAACCAAAAAUAAGAAAAAAGGUGCAUAUAGAGCUACGGAUAUCCUAGAAUUAAUACACACGGAUAUUUGUGGGCCAUUUCCUACUCCUUCAUGGAAUGGUCAACAAUAUUUUGUGUCAUUCAUAGACGAUUACUCUAGAUAUGCAUACUUAUUUCUUAUACAUGAAAAAUCUCAAGUCUUGGACGUGUUUAAAUCUUACAAAGCGGAAGUUGAGAAUAAACUCAACAAACGCAUAAAGAAAGUCAAAUCCGACCGUGG